UUGAUUCAACAGUGAACCUUGAUUCUCUCUGGCUUUAUAGCAACAUAAAUCUAUGCAAUUGAUAACUUAUUGAGAAUUUUUAGGUCUGCUCUGAACUUCAUCAUCAUCAUCAAAAUGUUUUGUGGGGACUAUGUACAAGGAACUAUCUUCCCAGCUCCCAAUUUCAAUCCCAUAAUGGAUGCUCAGAUGCUAGGAGGAGCACUCCAAGGAUUUGACUGUGACAAAGACAUGCUGAUCAACAUUCUAACUCAACGCUGCAAUGCACAAAGGCUGAUGAUUGCAGAGGCAUACCAGAGCAUGUAUGGCCGGGACCUGAUUGGGGAUCUGAAAGAGCAGCUUUCACAUCAUUUCAAAGACGUUAUGGUUGGUCUGAUGUACCCACCACCAUCUUAUGAUGCUCAUGAACUCUGGCAUGCCAUGAAGGGAGUAGGCACUGAUGAGAAUUGCCUCAUUGACAUACUAGCUUCAAGAACAAAUGGAGAAAUUUUUCAGAUGCGAGAAGCCUACUGUUUGCAGUACGGCAAUAACCUUCAAGAAGACAUUUAUUCGGAGACCUCAGGACACUUCAGAGAUGUUCUCAUGAACUUGGUUCAGGGAACCAGAGAGGAAGGCUAUACAGACCCUGCUAUGGCAGCUCAGGAUGCAAUGGUCCUGUGGGAAGCCUGUCAGCAGAAAACAGGGGAACAUAAAACUAUGCUGCAAAUGAUCUUGUGCAACAAGAGCUACCAGCAGCUCUGGCUGGUUUUCCAGGAAUUUCAAAAUAUUUCUGGGCAGGACAUGGUCGAUGCCAUUAAUGAAUGUUAUGAUGGAUACUUCCAGGAAUUGCUAGUUGCAAUUGUUCUCUGUAUUCGAGAUAAACCAGCCUAUUUUGCUUAUAGAUUGCAUAGUGCAAUCCAUGACUUUGGUUUCCAUAAUAAAACCAUCAUCAGAAUUCUAAUUGCCAGAAGUGAAAUAGACCUCCUGACCAUAAGGAAAAGAUACAAAGAAAGAUAUGGAAAAUCUCUAUUUCAUGAUAUCAGAAAUUUUGCUUCAGGACAUUAUGAAAAAGCACUGCUUGCCAUCUGUGCUGGUGACGCUGAAGACUACUAAAAUGAAGAGAAGGAUUUGUAGAACUACAUACUCCUCUUUAUAGACACAUCAGAAUAUAUUUUUGAUAAAUUUGAGCUAUUGGUAGUACCAUAACAAAACUAUAAAUCAUAUUUUCUCUUCUAUCUUUAAAAUUGUUCAAAGCCAAGUAAAAUCCAUUA